AUGGCCAAGGCCCCAACUCAUGGAGCCCACCGAAACGACUCCCACCACCCGGACGAUGCUCCUGGCCCAAGCGAAGAGGACAGAGGUCUCCUCGCCGACGACCCUCUCUCCCACGAUAACCCUCACAAUGGUGGCGUUGGCGGCGGCGGCGGCGAGUACUUUGUGACGAAGCAUGCGACAUCCCUCCGCUCGCCAGGAACGCCACGGACCCCGAACCGCGUCCGCUUCAACCCCAUUCCCUCCAUUGUCGAGCCGCCGCCGCCGCGCGCCUCCAUGACGAGGAGUAAUGGCUCCGCCCGCCAUAGCCGUGACAGCUUCGACAUUGACGACGAGCUCUUCCAGCACGCACCCGGCGGCGACAAUCACGACGAGCACCACCGUCUGCCUCUGCUGACCGACAUCGAAGCCCCCUCAGUCGCUCUCGCCAAUAGUCCCUGGGGCGCCGACGCCGAAGACGUACAUGAGUGGGCGGAGCAGGAGCGCGCGCGGCCCAAGUCGGGCCUGCGCAUGGCUUUUAUGAACAUGGCCAACUCCAUCAUCGGCGCAGGGAUCAUCGGUCAGCCCUACGCCUUCAAGCAGGCAGGACUGCUGGCUGGCAUCAUCCUGCUGGUCGUCCUCACGAUCGUCGUCGACUGGACCAUCUGCCUGAUUGUCAUCAACAGCAAGCUAUCCGGAAGUAACAGCUUUCAGGGGACGGUGGAGCACUGCUUCGGCAGAACCGGACUCAUCGCCAUCUCGGUCGCGCAAUGGGCGUUUGCGUUUGGCGGCAUGGUCGCAUUUGGUAUCAUUGUCGGCGACUCAAUACCACACGUCUUCUUGGCCAUUUGGCCCGAUUUGAGGGAGAUGCCGGUCUUUGGCCUCUUGGCGAACCGGCAGGUCGUUAUUGUGAUUUUUGUCCUGGGCAUCAGUUACCCGCUGACACUAUACCGGGAUAUUGCGAAGCUGGCAAAAGCAAGUACAUUGGCCCUCAUCAGCAUGGGAGUCAUCGUAACGACCGUCGUGGUUCAGGGAGCUCUCACUCCCAAGUCCGAGCGCGGGUCCUUCUCACCCGCCCUUUUGACUGUGAACACCGGCAUCUUUGAAGCCAUCGGCGUGAUUUCUUUCGGUAUGUAUCUUCAAUCUCAAAUUGUCGCACCAACGAGCUUCUCUGACCACCCCUCAGCCUUCGUCUGCCACCACAACUCCCUUCUCAUCUACGGCUCCCUCAAAACACCAACAAUCGACCGCUUUUCUCGCGUCACACACUACUCGACAGGCAUCUCCAUGGUUGCCUGCCUCCUGAUGGCCCUGGCAGGAUUUCUUACUUUUGGUGACAAGACUCUCGGCAAUGUUCUCAACAACUUCCCCUCGGACAACGUCAUGGUUACAUUGGCCCGCCUGUGCUUCGGCCUGAACAUGCUGACCACCCUGCCCCUCGAGGGAUUUGUUUGCCGCGAGGUCAUGUUCAACUACUUCUUCCCGGGCGAACCGUUCAACAUGAACCUGCACCUAAUCUUCAGCUCCGCCCUUGUCGUUUCUGCCAUGGUCAUAAGUCUUCUCACUUGCGACGUCGGUGCCGUUUUUGAGCUCGUGGGUGCCACCUCUGCUUGCGCGAUGGCAUAUAUCCUUCCGCCACUGUGCUACAUCAAGCUCACAACCCGGUCCUGGAAGACGUACGUCGCCGCGGGCAUUGUCGUAUUUGGCAGCUUGGUCAUGGUGAUCAGUCUGAUACAAGCCGUCGCCAAAAUGAUUCGUAACGACGGCGGGCCGGCGCAAUGCAUGUAA